AUGACAAUCCAGUCCAACGAAUUCAAUGUCGCCAUUGUCGGCGCCGGCGUCGCUGGCCUUGCGCUUGCAAUGGCACUGCACAGAAAGGGAGUGCCCUUUACCAUCUACGAGGAAGCAAAGGAAUACUCCGUUGUAGGUGCCGGUAUCGGAUUCGGUCCAAAUGGUAUGCAAGCCUUGGAUCUGAUGGAGCCAGGCUUCCGCCCUCUCUACGAAGGCUUGUGUGUUGGAAAUAAGUCUGCCGAUGCCGAAUGGGUCUUCUUCGAGGGAUACCUACUCGAGCCUGGUCUCGGUGACAACAAGCCUUGGGCUGGCAACCUCAAGUCGGCAUGGGGCCAUCAGGACUACGUUCGCAAGUCUGCCCACCGGAAGGAAUUGCUAGACAUAAUGACAAGCUUCAUUCCCAUCGAUAGCGUCAAGUUCAACAAGAAGCUCGUCUCCAUUAAAGAGUACACAGAUAGAGUCAUGUUGGAGUUUGCGGACGGUGAGAUUGCUACACACAGCAUCCUGGCUGGCUCCGAUGGUAUUGCAAGUAUUGUGCGAGAGUAUCUCCUCAGGCCAACCCAUCCCGAGGAAGCACUUCCGGUGUACUCUGGUGCUCACUGCUACCGAGCCGUCAUCCCGAUGGACGAGGCAUAUGAGAUUAUGGGCGAAAAGACCGAUGUCGCAAAGAUCUACUUUGGUCAUAACAGAGGAGCGGUCUCGUACAGAAUCACUGGAGGCAAAAUCAUCUCUGCGCAGGAGCUCAACUUCCUUCUCAUCAAGGCUACACCAAACGAACCAUGGCCUUAUCCAGGUAGGGUCACCAAGCAAAUCACACAGGAGGAGAUGCUAGCCGACUUUGAUGGCGACAACAUUGAUGAUCGAUUCCGAAGACUCGUAGCCAAGGCAAAGCCAGUCAAAUGGGGUCUAUUCCAUCACGCCAAGACUUCAACCUAUUACAAAGACAGGGUCUGUAUCCUUGGAGACAGCGCCCACGCCUCGAUGCCAUUCCAAGCAGCUGGUGCAGCUCAGGGUGUCGAAGAUGCGCUCGUGCUAGCCUACAUCCUCGAAGAGCUUAUGAAGAGCCCUACUCGAGGUUCAGAGCAACUUAAGGAGAUCAAUGCCGGUCUUGCGGCAUAUGAUGCUGUCAGGAGACCUCGGGCGCAAAAACAGCUUGAUCGUGCGUUUGAGGUCGGCAAGAUGAUUUAUUUCCAGCAUCCAGAGUGUGGAGACGACAUGACCAAGAUUCUGCACAAGUUGCAGAAUGGUUGGCUGGACUGGCUAUGGUUCCCCGACUUGAAGGCCGAUGUUGAGACAGCUUUGUCACAAAUGCGGAACGACGUGCAGAAGAAAGCAUAA